AAGGCCUUAUCAUCUACGACAUACAUAUUUGGAUGGGUGACGUUGUAAAUGUAAUACUGGGCGUCAUCGUGAUCACUCGGUUAUAUGCCAUGUAUCAGCAAUCCAGAAAGGUGCUGAUAUUUCUCGUUGUCAUCUUUCUGGUCAUCAGAAUCGCCAAUGUAGUGAUGGGCGCAAUGAUAAUGGUGCAUAUGUCAGGGGAGGAAUUCGUUCUCUUCGGCACUUAUCAGUGCGUGAUUGGCAAUGCGGCAGAUUCCCUAUUUCUGGAUUGCAUGACUUGGAUACUUGGGAUUGUAUGGGAGGUCCUUGCACUGUGUCUCGCGGCCUGGAUUGCUAUAAAGCACUUCCGUGAACUGCGACGACACUCAACAAGUGGUAUUAUUGGGGACUGUUUCACGGUGUUAAUGAAAACUCACGUGAGUUACUUUGCGAGUUUUCUGGCUAUCUCUUGCUCCGAGAUCGGUUUAUUCUCUUCAAAGCUCUCAGCGGACGCAUACUCCUUGGACACUCAGAUUUAUCUCGGUCUCACUCAGAUAUUCCAGUUCGUGCAGUUGUUUGUGCUGGGACCACGCCUGAUCCUCGGUGUUCGAGAAUAUCACGCUAAGCUCGUGGCCAACUCUGACACAGCAACCGCUAUGACUUCAAUUGCUUUUCAGGAGCACGUCCAUGUGUCAACCAGCAGUAGUGUGUAGCGCAGGAGAUGCUCGAUAUAAUUGAUUUGCGAUGCGCGGGUAGUGUGUAGGGAGUGGGAGAUUUUUUAUUUAUUUAUUCUAGGUUUUGUCGUGGUACUUAUUUAUGUAAUUGCGCAGUAGAUAUAGGUCAUACAAGACCUUUCGGCGAACUAUGAGUAGAUAUCUCUCCCCGACGCUGAGGUUCACGCGCUCAAUCUCAGUAGUACUGUCAAGAUUGUAGUGGCUGGUGGAAGUCUGUUCGUUCCUGAUGCCAUUGCUGAAAGUCCUGGACCCGCGAUAGCUUACAAAACAGAAUAUCGCCAGGAUAUCCAACCACUGCUGAUAUGUCGGUCAUCGCCGGCGACGGCACCUAGUCAAGGG